ACGCCCGCCCACACCAACCCCAGCAGCAUCCGCUUCUCCAAUAUUACCCACUCUCCUCCCAUCCCUUUCCUUUUCUCUUCUUCUUCCUCUUUCUCGCCACUCCUCCGCCUUCCUCCCCUUUCCUCUCUACCUCUGCUCUCCUUCCGGAUGGCCUCCGUAUAUCCUCUCGUCUCUGCCGACGCGACCACGGAGCCUCCUUCCGUCCUCUGGCGCGCAGACGAUCAGCAGCUGCAGAAGCAACCUCAAACCGCGGCUCCUUACUCUACCUCCUCCUCCUCCUCCAACACCGCUCCCCAGCCCAUCAACGGCGCCAGGCCAAUCCUCCACAAAGCCCGUUCGCGUCACUUUGACACCUUCCAGAACAGCAGCAUCAUCGCAAAUUCUUCGUCCUAUCCUACCGUGCAGCAGCAGCAGCAGCAGCAGCAGCAGCAGCAGCAGCAACAGCAGCAGACCUACGACACCACCCAGUUCGAUCAGUACCCGGUCUCCAACAACGUGUUUGCCGACAUGGCGCGUUUCGAAACCCAGCGGUACCAUCAUGACCCGUCAAACAGACUGAGCAUGUACGCCGCCGCGCCGGCCUAUGAUCCGAUCCACAUCGCGUCGCAGCAGCAGCAGCAGCAGCAGCCCGUAUGGAACCCGAUGCCCAUGAAUCUGCGUGCGCCUGCCAAUAACUAUCAAUGGAUGGAACCCUCCCCACCCUUGCUAUCAAACGAUUUCCAAACCGUUCCCCGGCUCGCGCAACCGGUCUACCCUCCCCCUGGCAGCAUCUCCCCCACGCGUUCCGACACCAUGCCGUACUUCAACGUCGUGCCGACCUACACGUCGCCUACCGAAUCAGACGACUACAUCCCGAACGCGAUCGUCAUCAAAAACAUCCCUUUCUCCGCGCAAGUCGACGACAUGAACGUUCUCUUCAAAGAGCUCGGCCUCGAGCUUCCCUACGCGUUCAACUACCAUUUCGACAACGGCGUCUUCCGCGGCCUCGCGUUUGCAAACUUCCGAAACACGACCGACACCGCGAAAGCGAUCGCGGUCUUGAAUGGAUAUGAAUACUGCGGCCGCAAACUGAGGGCGGAGUACAAGAAGAUGCUGCCGAAAGAAGAGCGCGACCGCGCGGAGUUUCAGAAACGUGUCCGGAGAGGACAGUUGGAGGAGCAGCAUAGACAGCAGCAGCAGCGCGAGCAGCAGGGGUUUGCGCCCAUCAGUGCGCCUGCGCAGAAUAGCAUGAGCGGCAUGAAAGAGAAACUCAAUGUGAACAUGAACGACGCCGGCGUGCGCCGGAUGUACGACCAGAUCUUGUUCUUCACCGAGCGCAACGAUCCGCUCGAAGAGCUCAACUUUGAAAAUCUCCCGCAGACUCUUCGACGCGCGGUCCACUCGAUCGCCUUCUACUUCAAGCACGGCCACAUCUCGUCAUCCGACGGCGAGCGCGUGAUCAUCUACAAGCGCGGCAACCCGAAAUUCCAAAACAAAGCCGUCAUCACGCAGAUGCUCAAUCAGCAGCAAGGCAUCACGGCCGACGACGACGACAUGAACGCGCUCAGAUCAGGAGUCUACGCGCCGCUCCCGCAGAACCCCACCAGCACCGCCUCCGCGCUGCUAGACUACCUCCCGCAGCAACCGACCGCGACCACGCAAAAGCCGCGAUCACCCGUGCGCUCGCUGCGCAACACAAAGUCGUUCGCCGAUAUCCGCUCGUCCAGCCGCGCGGGCGCAAUGUACUCGCACCAAAACUCGAGCUCGAGCAGCAUCUCGUCGGCGUACAACAACCACCGCAACUCGACGGUGGUGCCCGCGAUGCCGGACAUGGCGUCGGUGCUUGCGCGCAUGUCGCUCGCGGACAUCAGACUUACUGCGCGGCAGCAACUGGCGUCCGAGCAGACUGCUAGCGUCGAGUCUGCCGUUCGUCAGACGCAGCAGCAGGCACAACAGACGCAGCAGGCACAGCAGGCACAGCAGCAGGCACAGCAGCAGCAGCAAGCUCAGCAGCAAUCGCAGCAGCAGGCGCAGCAGUCGCAUUUCAAUAUUGGCAUUCAGAACGACAUAUUGCUCGAGUGA